AUGAGGGAAAAACAAGAAGAAGAAGAAGCACAGAUGGAAAUUGAAAUGUGGAAAUAUAUGUUUGGGUUUAGCAAUAUUGCAGUGGUUAAGUGUGCCUUGGAGCUCGGAAUAGCAAAUGCUAUUGAAAACCAUCAAGGACCCAUCACGCUAACUGACUUAUCAUCCACCAUUGAAUGUAACCCAUCUUAUCUUCACCGCAUCAUGCGGUUCUUAGUCCAUCACAAUAUUUUCAAAGAGCAACUCACCGCCGAUGGCACCAAAGGCUAUAUACAGACACCUCUGUCUCGCCGGUUACUUGGCCCAGGCGAGAACAACAUGACGGCUCUGUUUUUACUAGAGAACAGUCCGGUGAUGCUGGCGCCUUGGCAUUUUCUAAGUUGUCGUGUCAGACUAAAUGGGUCUGCGGCGUUUGAGGCAGCUCACGGCGACGAUAUAUGGAAAUAUGCAGCAGAAAACCCUGGCCAUAGCAAUCUAAUCAAUGAUGCGCUGGCUUGUAAUGCUAGGAAAAUGGUGUCUGGUAUAGUUGAAGGGUGUGUAGAGGUAUUUGAUGGGGUAAAAACUUUGGUAGAUGUUGGUGGAGGAAAUGGGACUGCUUUAAGGACAUUGGUUAAGCUUUGUCCUUGGAUUCAAGGCAUUAACUUUGAUCUUCCUCAUGUUGUGGAUGUUCUCAACAUGAUUUAA